AUGAAUAGUCAUCAUCAAAUUUUUGGUGCUGCUUCCUCUCAUCAUCAGAUGCAACCACAACAGAAACCAUUAUCACCUACAUCAUUGUUAGCAGCCACCACUGCUAAUACAUCUACUCAUACAAAUAUUGCAAAUAAUACUACAUCCAGUCAUACUAUGAAUUCACAACAAUUAAAACCUCUAAACAUGGUUGUCCCACCAACAACACACUAUAGUGAAAUGAAAUCUUCCAUAUCCUCCUACCCUUUUAAUCAACCAUAUUCCAUGCCAUCAUCGACGACGACGACCACCAAUAAUUCAACAUCCCCAAAUCCAACUUUGCAAUCAUCCACUAAGAUGUACAAUAAUUCAGAUUCCUAUCAUGGUAGCAAUUAUCAGACUUCCCUUUAUUCGAGUGCAGUUCAAUCCAAUAACCAUCCAUCAUAUACAUCCAAUGCUACUGUCUCCAAUGCUGCUAAUACAUAUACAUCCUCCAUGUUACCUCAAAACACUAAUCCAUAUCAACAAACCUACUAUACAUCUUCAUCAUUCCAAUCCUCUCCUCCUUCAUCACACCACCACUAUACUUCCUCUCAAGCACAUGUGCCAAGUAAUCCAAGCAGUAGACAUAGCCCAAAUAGUUAUUCUACAAAUCUUCAAUCUACACCUUCCGUAACAGUAGCUACAUCAUCUUCUGUUCAUUCCAUGUGGUCUUCAGCACAGCAGCAACAAGAGAAACUUCCCAACAUGAAGGAUAUAUUUGGUAGUCCAAAUAGUACAUGGUCACCAUCAACAUCGAAACAACAAUUACCAAGUUUUAUGGAUGAGUCAAAGAAGAGUGAAUUACCAUCCUACAAUAAUUUUAAUAAUCAAAAUUCUCAUUCAUCAUCCACUUCAACUACGCAUGUGUCUCCUAUAAAUUCUUCGGAACAUGUUGCUACUGCAUUCAUGGAGGAAUUGCAACAAAAGUUGAGACACCAAGAUGCAAUCAUUAAGAGAUUGGAAAAGGAAAAUAUUAGAUUGAAAAAUGAAUUGGAUUCUUUCAAUAGAAGUAUUAAUCAAUAUAGUAGUAGUGGUAAUUCAAAUAAUAUGAAAGCAUCCUCUCCAAAGAAGAGAAAGAUUGCAACAGAUGCAACUGCUGGGACUUUGGAAAUGAAAUCACAAUCAUCUCAUUCCUCAAUCUCUUCUGACCAAUAUUCGAAUAGUAAUGAAGACAUGAGUGAUGCAUUGGAUGAUGAAGACGAUGCAGAUGAAUUUGAGGAUGGAACAGAUGGUAAAUCCAAGAAGAGAAAACAACCAUCCAAUCUAGUUCGUUCUAAAAAAGCAAAGGAUGAAAUCAAGAAACAAAAGCCCUCCUCUUCAAGGAGUAGUGGCAGAAGAGAUGCUACAGUUGGAGAUUUGGAAAAGUAUACAGUAACAUGGAAGGGAGAAACCUAUGUCUUGGUGAAUGCAUUCAAGAAUAGAACUCAAAUAUUGAACUAUUAUGUUCCACUCUAUCAGAAUAAUUUCCCAGAAAAGACAUGUAAAUUAGUAUUAUGCAAUGACGAAUAUAAGGUUCUCUCUUCGGAAAAUCCAAACACUGUUGAAAAGAAGAAGCAUGCUUGGAGAGUUUCUGUCUUUACUAUGGAUUUUUAUAACUUUGUUAAGAACUUUGAUAAGAGAACAUUGAAGAUUAUUAAUUCAUCCUCUGGUUUCAUUCCAAAUGUAAACUUUGAAGGUGGAUCAGUAUCCUCUCCUUCUGUUCCAACAUCCUCUCGUUCCAAUCCAACUCAGAAUGCACCUCCUUCAUCAAUGAACACUUCCAGUUCUACACCACUAUUAAUUGACAAUAGACGUCCUUCUCUCCCUAAUUUGCAACCAACACUUUUGCCACCACCAAUCCUUUCCUCUUCAACAGAUGUAAAUGCAUUGGACAUGGCACCAAAACCAAUUUCUACCAUUCACAAUAAAUAA